AUGAAGACUCUUCAUUUAGUUGUCUUUCAUCUAAUUAUUUUAUCUACAAUCAGUCAAUCACCCGAUCAGCUUUAUGAUGAAUUAUUCGAAGCUGUACAAAUUCAACGUUUAUUUUCGGAUUCAAAAACAUUUUGUGAUGCUGUUCCACGUACACUUGGUUCAAAUCAAAUACUUGAUUUAUACCGAAAAGAAUAUAACAAUCCAACAUUUAAUUUAACUUCAUUUAUUUUCAAUAAUUUUAUUAUACCAAACACAACAAGUAUUGUACAUGAAAAAUGGACGAUAGAGCAACAUUGCCAUCGUUUAUGGCCAUUAUUAACACGUACAACAAAUCAUGAAAAUUUCUCAUCGUUUAUUGAUGUUCCAUAUCAAUUUGUCAUACCUGGUGGACGUUUUCGAGAAUUUUAUUAUUGGGAUACUUACUUUACUAUGCUAGGUCUAAUAAGAUCAAAGGAAGUACAAUUAAUAGAUAAUAUGUUAGAAAAUUUUGCCUAUUUAAUACGUACACUUGGACAUAUACCCAAUGGUAAUCGAUAUUAUUAUGAAGGAAGAUCUCAGCCGCCAUUUUUCUCGUUAAUGACUGAAUUAGCAAGUAAAACAGAUAAAUAUAAAGAUGAAUUAGAAAAAGAAUAUCAAUUUUGGAUGGAUAAAAGAAGUAUUAAACUAGAUGAUGGAUCAAUUUUAAAUCGAUACUAUGACGAUUUAAACGCUCGACCCAGACCAGAAGCAUACAUUGAAGAUAUAGAAAUAGCACAUAAAAAGAAUAAUACGGAUGUUUAUGUUCAUCUUCGUGCAGCUGCUGAAUCCGGUUGGGAUUUCAGUUCUCGAUGGAUGGAAGAUGAAAAAGAUUUAUCAACAAUAAUAACAACAAAUAUUCUUCCUGUUGAUCUUAAUUGUUUAUUAUAUCACUUGGAACUAGCAUUGAAUAAAAAACUUCAAGCUGAAAAUCGUCGACGAGCCAUACAUAAAUACAUGUGGUCUGAUGAUCUUCAAUUUUUUACUGAUUAUAAUUUCAUACGAAAGAAACCAACUAAUCGUUUAACGUUGGCUGCUCUUUAUCCUCUAUGGCUUGACAUUGCAACAAAAAAUCAAGCUCAAAAUGUUGCUCGUCAAGUUGAGUCAUUGUUUUUACGUGAUGGUGGUGUAGUUACAACAAUAUCAAAUCAGAGUACACAACAAUGGGAUAAUCCAAAUGGAUGGGCUCCAUUGCAGUAUAUUACAUAUCGAGCUUUGCUUAAAACUCCAGGAUAUGAAUCGUUAGGUGAAACUAUUCGUCGACGAUGGAUGGCUUUGAAUGAAAAAGUAUUUCAAGACACAGGUAAAAUGAUGGAAAAAUAUGAUGUUGUUAAUAUCAAUCAAUCAGCUGGUGGCGGAGAAUAUAAAACACAAGAUGGUUUUGGUUGGACAAAUGGAGUUUAUUUAGAAAUGCUAUAUGAUCAACAACCAAUAUCGAAUACGGUUUUAUAUCGAAAAACUAUUUUUCAGAUUAGUAGCUUGAUAUUUUUUAUUUUUAUUUCACGAUAA